AGUACGUCGUUGUUGGGGUCAUUCCCCGUUCACCCAUUCUACACACAGCCCUGUCUUCUUUCUGCACAUCCUCUUCGCCCACCCAGCCAUGCCCCUCGCCCGGCGCAUCAAGCUGGCCUUGGUCAGGCGUAGACAGCGCGAGUUUGAGUCGGCCCCACUGGAUAUCCACACCCAGCGGGAUUUCUAUCCGGUGCUUAUCGGUGGUGUGAGCCUUACCCUUCUGGCCGGUUUCAUCAAUGCCGUCUUCGUGACCUCCAUCUACCAGCGGCCGGUCAGUCAUAUGACCGGGCCCACCACCAACAUCGCCAUCCAGAUGACCGCGUCCAAUGUGGACCUCAUCCACCUUUGGCAUUACGGGCUGCUGGUCUUUUUCUUCAUUUGCGGUAGCAUGUGCUCCGGGCUGAUUAUCGGCAGCGAGCGUGAGUUCCGCCUUGAUCGGAGUUACGGCUGGGCUUUGAUCGUUCAAGCGACUGCCCUCUUCCUUGGUGCCAUCCUGCCCACCCUCGGGAGUGCCGAGCUGCCGGUCUUCUUUGGUGCAUUCGCCUGUGGUCUUCAAAACGCCCUGGUGACCACCUUCUCAUCGGCCAUCAUUCGCACCACGCAUAUCACCGGUAUUGUGUCGGACAUUGGUGUGCUCAUUGGCCAGAACCUCCACUACUACUUCUUCAACGGCCCCCCGCAGAAGGGCAGCUGGAAGUUGAAGCUCUUCAUUCCCCUCUAUCUGGGCUUCUUCGGUGGCGCGGCCCUUGGUGCCAUGUCCGAGCGUGCCUUCAAGAUGCUUGCUCUCCUGUUCCCGGCCGGUCUGCUGCUGAUCAUGGGUGUCUUCCACCUGUCAUAUCGCACUCUGCUCAAGAAGAUCCACGAGCGGCGCUUCGAGAAUGAAGAGCGCUUCGAGGAGGAGCGCCAAGCCAUGGCCGACAUGUUCGCCGCCUAUGCCGAGCGCUUUGGCAAUGACCGCGCCGAGGCCGCGCGCCAGUUUGCCGCCGAUGCCAUUACCGCCGCCGCCGAGAGCGUCGCCCGUGCCAGUGGCGUUUACGAUGCCAAUGGCGCCCGACAGAGCAUGGCCGCCAGCAUGCGCAACAGCUUGGCCUUCCCCCGGUCCUCCACCGACUAUCCUGGGGUCGAGGCAUAUGCCAUGCAAGCUCUCUCAGGUUCGUCGAUCCAUGAGUCCGGCUUCUCGCGCAAGUCUCAGAACUUCGCGCCCGAUGCGACAGGCGGUGUCAAUUACGACCACCCUGAUAUGCCGCGCACCGGUCCCCCCCCCGCCCCCGGUCCUGACAAGCUGCGGGCCGAUCAUCCCUACCUCCCUGGUGCCGGUCCUGCCGCCCUGCCAACUGUAGAUCCGGCCACCGGGCGCCUGUUGGAAGGCGCCAGCCCUGAGAGUCCGGAUAUGUCUGGCCCACGCAGCUUCGCCCCCUACUUCGAGGUUCACAACGACACGGCUGGCCAUGCGACCGGUGUCGAGGAUGGCAGCACCACAUACUCCUUCAAUGCCGACACCCUGCGCACCACCGGCAUGCCUGGGUCCAUUUCCGACCCCGGCUACGAUCAUGAUGUCCUGCCCAUGUCCCGCGCCAGCAUUGGCUCGUAUUCGGCUCGGGCGGCUUCCUUUGGCAACAUGCCGGCUGCCACCGAGGACGCCUGGCGCAUGCACGUGGCUCGCACUUCGAUCGCGGUUGGUGGCGAUGCCGCAUCCGCCCGUGCCCUCACUCUCACCGAGCAGGAGCUCAUGCAGGAUGUUCAGGCCCUGUUGCAUGAGCGUGCCGGUCUCUCCCCGGCCCCGAGCAGCGCCGGUGGCACUUCCUCCCGUGUGAGCAUGGGCAUCAGCUCGCCGGCGCCUAUGGCCCCCGGGGCCAAGCUCGAUGGUGCCAUGGCCCUUGUGCCACCGACGCCCGAGUCUGCUGACGCUUCCUCCUCCUCGGCUGGGAGCUUCCACUUCUCUUCCACCGGGGCCAGCAGCAGCUCCCCCUCCAUGUCCUCGGCUUCCUCGUUGAUGACCCCGGUGUCGGGUGUUGAUGCUCAUCUGUCGGCGGAUAUCCACGCAGCCGUGCACCAUGCCAGCAUGCUCGGUGCCGCGCAUCACAUCCCGCCGCUGUCCCCGCCUCCGGGGCAGGCCUCCGCCCCGCCCAGUGAUGCCGGAGCCGGCGGCUUCGGAGGCGCCAUCGACUUCUCACUAGAUGAGGAAUGAUCACGCGCCACAUCUUCAAGCAUGUCCCCCUCCCCCAUGCUCCCCCAUGCUCCCCCUCCUUUUGUCCCUUUCUUCCCAAAAUACACAGUGUCCUUGCUCC